UAGAAAGGAGGAGGAAACAGGAGAGGAGGGGCUCUCUCUCUCUCUCUCUUCUCUCAUCCCCCCUUUCUCAUUUUCCUCUCAGAGGAGGAGGAGAAGAGCGCAGCCUCUGUUGCUCGUUGCUGCUGUUGCUGCUGCUGCUGCUGCUUUUUGCAGGUGCCUUCGAAGGAAAACCCAGCCUCCCUCCUCCUUGGCUUUGCAGAGCUCUCGGAGGAGGAUGUAAAGAGAAGGGAAGGCGUUGGAGAAAAGGACCGGAGGAAGGCGAGGAAAAGCAGAAAGAGAAGAGAAGAGAGAGAGAGAAGAUGCUGUGGCGCAAGCUGCUCCCCUCUUGAGGAAGGGCUCUUUCUUUUCGCCUCCUUGGUCUUGGAAGAGGAAGAGCAGGUUGGGAAAACCUUGCCAAGGAAGGGAAGCGCAACAGAGGCUUCUCCCUGCCUCAUCCCUUUCCCUUCCCAUCUCAACAAGGGUCUAACAGGUUGAACUAGGGAGGAAGGAGGGUGGACUGGUGGGACUAGGAUUCAGCACCGUGGAGAGCUCCCCUAAGUCCUGGUUGCUGGCUACGAUUCAGCACCGUGGAGAGCUCCUCUAAGUCCUGGUUGCUGGCUAUAUUCGGCACCGUGGAGAGCUCCUCUAAGACCUGGUUGCUGGCUACGAUUCAGCACCGUGGAGAGCUCCCCUAAGUCCUGGUUGCGUGCUACGAUUCAGCACCGUGGAGAGCUCCUCUAAGACCUGGUUGCUGGCUACGAUUCAGCACCAUGGAGAGCUUCUCUAAGUCCUAAUUGCGGUUUUGGUUUCAGCGACAUGCUGCGCCAGGGCACUGAAGACGCGCAUUGGGGGACCUCCUUUGGGGACCUGUUGGUCGGCCUUGGCCACUUCCUUCUCCUUCUUGGUUGAACGACAACUUGCCUGAGCCCUUUGGGGCUGGGAGGGGGAUCCAGUUUCAGAAAGAGCCCUUCUCUUCAACUUCUUCACAAGCAAAAGACCCCAAGGGCCAGGAAGGAGAAGGCGGCUCCCGGGCGCCCUGGUCUCCCUCUUUCCGGAGGGGAGCAGAGCCUCUUUCUCCGGCUCCCCUUUUCCGCGGUGGGCGGGAGGCGGCCUGGCCCCUUCCUCGGCCGCCGCCGCGCAGGGACUCCCUUCUUUUCUGUGGGGCAGCGAGAGCAGCAUGCCAGGGGUCCUCCCCCAAGGCAGCGCCCGCAGCCCCUCCGCCUGAUCCUCCAGGGUGGCGGCCAUGGCAGCGGCCAUCGCCAGCUCCCUGAUCCGCCAGAAGAGGCAGGCCAGGGAGCGCGAGAAGUCCAAUGCCUGCAAGUGCGUCUCCAGCCCCAGCAAGACCAAGACCAGCUGUGCUGACAAGAAGAAGCUCAGUGUCUUCUCCCGGGUCAAGCUUUUUGGCUCCAAGAAGAGGCGGAGGAGGAAACCAGAACCACAGCUUAAAGGCAUUGUAACGAAAUUGUACAGCCGGCAAGGGUAUCACUUACAGUUGCAAGCAGAUGGAACGAUCGAUGGAACCAAAGAGGAAGAAAGUACCUACACUUUGUUUAACCUCAUACCUGUGGGACUGCGAGUGGUGGCCAUUCAAGGCGUCCAGACAAAACUGUACUUAGCAAUGAACAGCGAAGGAUACUUGUACACAUCGGAACAUUUCACUCCAGAAUGCAAGUUCAAAGAAUCGGUGUUUGAAAACUACUACGUCACAUAUUCGUCCAUGAUCUACAGACAACAGCAGUCAGGCAGAGGCUGGUAUUUGGGUCUUAACAAAGAAGGGGAAAUCAUGAAAGGAAACCAUGUCAAGAAAAACAAGCCCGCCGCACAUUUCCUUCCCAAACCAUUGAAAGUGGCCAUGUACAAAGAACCCUCCCUCCAUGAUCUCACAGAGUUUUCACGAUCCGGCAGCGGGACGCCCACGAAAAGCAGAAGUGUCUCCGGCGUGCUAAACGGUGGCAAAUCUAUGAGCCAACAUGAAUCGACGUAGCCAGCUUUGGAGAGCUGACGGAGAGACGUCUUGAUGGAACCUUACCUCUGGAACCGCAGUCGAGAACCCUAACUUAGCCGCCGACCCAUCCAACUGUUCUGUCCCAGGCGAAAAGCCAAAGAACUGCCCAAAAAUUUGCAUUGUUGUACCAGCCAUGUUAGACUUGUUGGCUGUUCCAAAAUAAUAUCAUUCUAUCAUUUGGGGAUUAUUAUUAUUUUUUUUGAAUUUAUGUUCUCAGCAGACGUCGCAAAAGUGU